AUGAGUAUUAACGAUGUCCAUGCUUAUCCGUUUGUUAGAGUCCAAUCCAGGUGGGUUUUUGAUGCAUUUUGUUCAAGUUAUUCUCUAAAACAAGCUUGAAGUAGGCAAAAAAAUCGUCUGCUAUGAUUCUAAAGCCGUUUGCGACCUUCUGAAUCUUGUUUUGAUGGGAUUAUUAGAGAUUUCCAAUAUUAGAUUCCCAUAAGUUAUGAAUAAUAUAAUUUCUUUCAGUAUGGGCACAUUUGUGAUCGAAUUGUACUGGGAACAUGCUCCAAAGACCUGUCAGAACUUUGCCGAGCUGGCGAGGAGAGGAUACUACAACAACACAAUCUUCCACAGAAUCAUUAGUGAAUUUAUGAUACAAGGUGGAGAUCCAACUGGGACUGGUAAGUUUUUUGAUGUUUUUUGUUCAAUAUUUAGAUGUUGAGGAAGAAAAAGAUCUGCAUUUGCUGUCCAAGAUGAUUUUGCUGUCUAAAACGAAUUAAGAACGCGACAUAAUUUCGUUUAUCCCUUAUCUCAUCCGUAAAAUUCCAGGGCGAGGAGGAACAUCAAUUUAUGGCGCCAGAUUUGAAGACGAAAUUGACGAUAGACUGAAACACACCGGAGCAGGCGUUGUUUCGAUGGCAAAUUCAGGCCCAAACACUAACGGAUCUCAAUUUUUUAUCACUUUGGCUCCGACUCAACAUCUGGAUGGUCGACAUACAAUUUUUGGUCGAAUAACCUCUGGAAUGAAGGUUAUUCAGAAGAUGGGCAAUGUAGACACCGAUUCCAAUGACAGACCGCUCCAAGAGAUUCGCAUUAUCAAAGCUACACCUACUGAAGAGGCAUUUGCUUGA